AGCUAGCCACAACGCAUUAUUUGUUGUAUUGACUGGCUAGACUUUCUAGCCUUUGCAAAUCCGUUGUUUUUAACUGAGGAUUUUUAAAGUAACUACUACAUUGGUUACCGACUUUUAUAAAACAUGGGAGUCCCGGCAUUUUUUCGUUGGUUGAGUCGGAAAUAUCCUUCGAUAGUAGUGCAUUGCCUUGAGGAGAAGUCCAAGGAAUGCAAUGGAGUUCGUAUACCCGUUGACACCAGCAAACCCAAUCCUAAUGAAGUGGAGUUUGACAACUUGUACCUGGACAUGAAUGGAAUUAUCCACCCGUGCACACAUCCUGAGGACAAGCCAGCACCCAAAAAUGAAGAUGAAAUGAUGGUGUCCAUUUUUGAAUACAUCGAUCGACUCUUCAACAUCGUGAGACCUCGAAGAGUCCUGUACAUGGCUAUAGACGGAGUGGCCCCUCGUGCCAAAAUGAAUCAGCAACGGUCGAGGAGAUUCCGGGCCUCUAAAGAAGGGAUGGAACUGGUGGAGGAGAAACAGAGAGUGCGGGAAGAGGUCAUCGGGAGAGGAGGGUACCUUCCCCCAGAGGGGAUCAAGGAGAGGUUUGACAGCAACUGCAUCACUCCAGGAACAGAGUUCAUGGACAACCUGGCCAAAUGCCUCCGAUAUUACGUAGCCGACAGACUGAGCAAUGAUCCAGGAUGGCAAAACAUUACAGUUUUCUUGUCGGACGCCAGCGUCCCUGGCGAGGGUGAACAUAAAAUUAUGGAUUUCAUCAGAAGACAAAGAGCUCAGCCACAUCACGACCCAAACACGCACCACUGUCUCUGCGGUGCUGACGCUGACCUGAUCAUGUUGGGGCUGGCAACACACGAGCCCAACUUCACCAUCAUCCGUGAGGAGUUCAAGCCCAACCAGCCCAGACCCUGUGCACUGUGCGGGCAGGUCGGCCAUGAGAUCAAGGACUGUGAGGGACUGCCCAGAGAGAAGAAGGGAGAGCACGAUGAAUUUGCAGGCUCUCUACCAGGUUCUGAGCAGGACUUCAUCUUCAUUCGACUGGCAGUCUUGCGUGAGUACUUGGAGAGGGAACUGACCAUGGCUAGCCUGCCGUUCCCCUUUGAGUUCGAGCGGAGUGUGGACGACUGGGUCUUCAUGUGCUUCUUUGUUGGAAACGAUUUCCUGCCUCAUUUGCCGUCCCUAGAGAUCAGAGAAGGCGCUAUUGAUCGACUGGUUGGAAUCUAUAAAGAUGUUGUACACAAGACAGGGGGUUGGGUCACUGAUAGUGGAUUUGUCAACCUGGAGCGCGUUGAGCUCAUCAUGCAGGCUGUGGGAGUGGCUGAAGACAACAUCUUCAAGAAGCGCAAAAAUGAUGAUGAUGGAUUCAAAAGGAGAAUGAAGGAGAAGAAAAAGAGAAUGAAGCUGGAGAAGCAGCGGCAACAGGAGCCCAGCUUGCUUGGGCAGUACGCCCCUCAGGCUCUGGGUGGCAGGGACCGGCCAGGGGCCGUGCACAACCCCCGUCACACGGCCUACGACAUGAGGAUGCAGUCCAUGAACCAGCACAAUUCGGAUGCUGCCCAGUCCUUGAAAGCCAUGAUGAAAAAUGGGAACAAGGCAGGGGGCAGUGAUGGAGUGGACGGCCGUGGAGUUAAGCGGAAAGCUGAGGACAGCGAUGAGGAGCCUGAACCUGAGGACAAUGUCAGGUUGUGGGAGGAUGGCUGGAAACAACGUUACUACAAAACCAAAUUUGACGUGGACGUGUCUGACGAAGACUUCCGCAAGAAAGUUGUGAAGUGCUACGUGGAAGGCCUGUGCUGGGUGCUGGCGUACUACUACCAGGGGUGCGCCUCCUGGAAGUGGUACUUCCCGUUCCACUACGCUCCCUUUGCAUCUGACUUCAAAGACGUCAAAGAAUUGUGCAGCGGCUUCGACAAGGACACCAAACCGUUCAAGCCUCUGGAGCAGCUGAUGAGUGUGUUCCCCGCAGCCAGUGGAAACUUCCUGCCAGAAACCUGGAGGGCCUUGAUGUCCGACCCAGAAUCCUCCAUCAUUGACUUCUACCCAGAUGACUUUGCUAUUGAUCUCAACGGAAAGAAAUAUGCUUGGCAGGGUGUGGCCCUGCUUCCCUUCGUGGAUGAGCGCAGGCUGCGGGCGGCCCUGGCGGAGGUCUACCCCAACCUCUCACCAGAGGAGAAUAAAAGGAACAGCUUGGGAAGUGACAUCAUGUUUGUUGCGAAGUCCCACCCCGUUUGUGACUUCAUCCAUGAACUGUACCGCGCAGAAUCUCACGAGGGCACUCAGAUCCCUGCGGAGUUAUGCCAUGGAAUCCAAGGAACUUUAAAUCUUGAUGAAGAGCCUAUUCUACCAGAUAAACCUGUGGAGUCUCCAGUUCCCUGUCUGAGAGACCUGGCACAGAACAGUGCUAUCGGAAUCAAAUUUUUGGACCCACAGUUUGAAGUGGACUUUGUGUUCAAGGCAGUCUUACUCCCUGGAGCCAAACUUGCCGUUAAGGUCCUGAAACCUGGAGACUGGGAGAGGUCUAGCAAUGGACCAUGGAGACCCCAGCUUGGUUUCAACCACAAUCGCCAGCAGGUCCACCUGGACCAGUCUGCAUUCAGAUCCUUGGGGCACCAUGUGAACAGGAACCAAGGAGGCGGCCAGUACAGUCAAGGCCCUCCCUCUGGAGGACACCACAGGAGUGGUCAAUACAGCAGUGCCCCGCCCCCAAGCAGUUAUAACCAGGGCAACUUCCGCGGCCACCAUAGAGAUCAACGGCAGGCCUUCCAGCCUCAGCAUUCCAGGCAACAGGCGUUCACACAGCCCCCCCCAUCAUCCAACCCACCGCUCUUCCCAAGGCCGCCAUAUGCUGGAGGCCAAGGCUGGGACCGGGCGAUGCAGUCGCAGGGCCAAGCCUUCCAGCACAACAUGCAGCGAGGCCAAGGGGGCCAACAUGGCGGCCGCGGGGGGUACCAACAACAUGACAACCGCAGAGACGACCGGCGGGACGAGCACGGACAACAACAACAGCCGCAGCAGGGGUACAACACCGGACGGAACUAUGCCCUGCCACCGCCUGCAAGAAAAUAUACCUGGAGUUGAAUCUUCAAUGUUUUUGUCUUUUGACCAGCUAAAGGCUUUCUUUUCAUUUUGACGUUUCUCAAUGUUUUUUUUUUUUCUUUUUUCUCUGAGUAACUUUAAUCUUUGGGGGUCUAUUCAUUUGUAAAAAAAAAAAAAAAAAGUAUAUUUCUCAUUGUUUUACUGAAAAUGUUCUUACUUGUUUUUAAGAAUAAUGCCUGUAAAACGUGAAAUACAAGUGAGUCAAAAGACACUGAGGUGUUACUGUUUUUUUUAUGUAAGUGAUCUUUAUUUUAAGUAGUUGAUUGAAUGUUAGCAUUUCUGCGGAUAGCAGCUUUUGAAACGUUAAUUUAAUAAGCCUUGCUCAGUUCCAUCUAUGAGAAACUCCGGUGAGUUGACUGCUUAUUAAUUGUAUUAGAAAGGAAAUGUCCGAAAUGGUGACAUUUAAAGAACUUGGCUCGGAUCAUGAAUGCUAUUCCAUUAAUCAGCAAUUACAAAUGUAGAUGGCCGAUUUGAAAGACUACAGUGAAAUUGGUGUGAAUCUAAUUAAAAAGGAAAUGUAGCGCCUAGCUGUUUCUGUCCUUUAGUUCCAGCAAAAAUAGGAGGUAAGCCUCUUUUCUUUUUUUUUGGUAAGGAUCUAUGUCCAACCUUAGUGAGUUGAUAUGUAGGCCUUUAUCAAUGCACACCCGUGCUUUAACAUUUAAAGGCUAUAAGCUGAAAAUGCACGUCAUUGUGUUCGGAAAUUCAGAAAAGUUUGCACCAGAUCAGCCAAUUUGCCCAAGACAGAAAUAAUUCAGUGUUUUGAUCAAUUUGAUAGAUUCUCUCCCACAGUGAACGUGAAAAUGUGUUAUUGUAAUGUGGGAAUAUUUGUAGCAUAUUAAUGUGAACGCUCACUGUCUAGACAAAAUUUAGAUUUUUUUUUAGUUUGUUUUUAAACCAAAAGGACUGCAUUCUGUAACGAGUUCUAUUACGUUUCAAUCUCAAUUAAGUUCGCUAUCCAAUAGCCUAUUAGUAUUUUAUUUAUCUCUACUACCGGAUGAAUAUUGAUGCCAAUAGGCCGGCUUACUGGAAAAUGUCCUUAUCCUAAAAUGUAAUUAAAAUCUUUCAAUAGUU